GAUAAGGAGAAGAAAGAGAGUAAAAUGCGUUCGCGUUGUUUUGGCUGCUGACUGACUGUGAGCGAGCGAAGCGAGGGAGGAAAUGCAGCGGUCGGUGUGACGCGCCGACAACGCACCCUUAAGGCACGCUACGCAAAAAGACGCUGCGUUUCGACGCACACGGGGCCGACGCAUUAGGAGACGGAUAGACGCACGCCGGACACGACCUAGAGCGACAAAAUGAGUGAAGUAAUGUCAGCGUCGAUGGGGCUGGAGUCUCAGCUAGGUUCUCCGACCUCAGAGGACCUCUUGCCGCAAAGCGACUGCAGCAACAAUGGCACUUGCAGUGACACAGCAUCGCAAAAGUCUGACGACAAGAGCAGCGUCAGCGGCGACCACCUUGAGGAUACGUCGUCGUUGCCGACGCCAAUGGAGCUGAAGCACGACUCGGAUGCUGAGGAUGCCUCCACCGGCAUGUACUACGUCCAGGUUAAGGGCCUGCCCAGGUUCUACAGACUCGGCGAGCUGAAGAAGCUGCUGACAGAAGACCUGGGUCUGACCAACUGCUCAGUCAGGUCGCCGCGUCGAGCCAGCCCCUGGAUAAACCUGUGUUUCCAGACGCAGGAAGAGCAGCAACGCGCGCUCGACACGCUCAAUGGCUUCGACUGGAAAAAGAGACAUCUCUCGGCAGAGGUGAUUAAAAGCGACCCGCUAAAGCGGAAGACUGACUCGGACAUUGACGAGGACGGUGAGAUGAAGAAACUUAAGGUGGACGUACCAGUAGAAGAGCGGAUCAAGAUGGCGACCAUCCCUUUCUGGAACACCACAUACGAAGAGCAGCUUAGUAAGAAGCGCUCUGACAUGGAGGCGUCUCUUGAAAAGCUGUGCACCAACCUGGGUCGCAGCUAUCCGGAACUGAGCGGCUGGACUGAGCAGCAGGCCAAGGCGCACGCCAACAUGGUGUGCGAACUGGCCGCCAUCCGGCCCUCACCAGUCACUGAUGGCUACCGCAACAAGUGCGAGUUCCGCAUUGGGUUACACCCUGAAACUAAAGAGCGCACGGUAGGCUUUCGUCUGGCCAGUUUUAAAGAAGGCUCGAUGGGAGUCGGUCCUGUUUACUGUCUGAGGCACCUUCCUGACCGCAUGAAAGAGACGGUUAAGGCGUUUGAACAGUACGUGCGUACAUCGCCUCUUAGUCCGUUUGUGCCAGAGACGCACGAGGGCCACUGGCGGCAGGUGACGGUGCGUGUGUCAUCGCGCGGCGACGUGCUUCUGCUGGCCGUCAUCCACCCGCAGAAUCUCACUGACGACCAGCUCGAGGAGGUUAAGACCGACCUGCGCGAGUUUUUCGAGACAGGCGCUGGCCGAGAGUGCAACCUUACCGCCCUUUUCUUCCAAACCUUCGUAGAGAAGCAGGAAGGCGUGAGCGCACCGCCUGUGCAGCACCUAAUGGGCCAGCAAUACCUCAAGGAGAAGCUGAUGGGUUUGGAGUUCCGCAUUUCAGCAGACGCCUACUUCCAAGUCAACACGGCUGGCGCGCAUGAGCUGUAUGCUGCUGUGGCUGAGCUUGCACAGUGCGACCCUGACAAGACCACGCUCCUUGACAUCUGCUGCUCAGCCGGUGGCAUCGGACUCUCCAUGGCUAAGCAAUGCAAGCAGGUGAUAGGCAUCGAGUGCGUACCCCAGGGCAUUGAUGACGCCAAAUACAAUGCAGCGGCCAACGGGAUCGAAAACUGUGAAUUUUACUGUGGCAGGGCUGAGGACCUGCUGCCCACCCUGGCUGACAAGAUCACAGGCUCGGAGGUGGUGGCCAUUGUUGAUCCGCCCAGAGGAGGUCUUCACAAGAAAAUUGUGAACGAGCUGCGUAAAAUGGAGAACGUUAAGCGACUGGUUUACGUGUCGACCAACCCAAAGAUCGUGAUCAAAAACUUCACUGACUUGUGCCGGCCAGGCAGCAAGGACAGCAGCGGCUCGGUGCUGCUGCCGACCAAGGCGGUGCCUGUCGACAUCUUCCCACACACAACGCAUUGCCAGCUGGUGCUGUGCUUCGAGCGCACCCAGCUGACCGAGCUGCCGUCGCGCAAGAAGCUGCCACCGCUAAUCAAGAACCUGGAGGCAGUCCGAGGUGGGCGCGGGCCGCGCGCUCCUCCACCUUUCCCUGGGGCGGCGGUAGGAAAAAUGCGAGGUCACGCGUUCCGGCCCGGGGGUGGUGGCCCACACCAACACCACCCCAUCCUGCUGGCAUACGGUGGGCUGAAAAUGGGGCCUCCUCUGCUGGAGGAUCCCUUGCGUAUGGCCCAAGUUGGACCCCAUGACCUUUAUCCGCUCGUCGCGCCUUAUCCUUUGCCAACUGAGCUCAUGUUCAGCCCCAGGGCCCGUGGCGGCUUCCCCCAGCCCGACCGGUGCCUGUUACCCCCUGGCUUGCCCCCGGGGCUAAAGCGGCCUCACCCAGCUUCCUUGCUGCAGCUGCCCAUGCAGCCAAAUCCGCUCGAGCAACUGCUACUCCGCCAGCAGCUCCUCCUGCCCCCACACCCGCGUGGCAUCGCCCGCCGCGGGGCCGCCCCUCGCCCCCUUUUCAAGAAGUAAUCGGACCAUGCCCCCGCGUCCCACGGGGCACUCACACACAAACACACACUUUUACACACACGCCGUCAGACUGCAACUCUUCGCACUGCUGUGUUCAGUAUUUUUUAGUUCAGCAAGGGCUCCGCUCGCGCGCAAUUACAUCACUUUUUCAAUCUCAAAGUCGAUAUUUUGCUUAGUGGCCGGCUACCGAAUUGGACAUAUUUACUUUUCAAACUAGUUCAAUUUCCUUUUAUUGGUGAUAAUUUAUAAACCUCGACAAAGUGACUAGAUUUAGUCACACCUGGUAGAUUUAGGUAGUGGUACAUAGUUGUAGUUUACGCGGUUUACCUGGUAUUUUCAAUUGCUGAAACCAGUGCUCACCAUACGAGUCGAAAUAAUUAAAAGCCUUAUUUUAGCGGUCACUACAAAUGAUGAGUUUAAUUCUUAAAUUACAAAGAGAGAGAACAUCUCACAUGUAUUUUUAAAACUUUGACGUUUAUCUUUUUUGGUCUUGAAAGUGUUAUUGGAAUUUGUAUUUUUGCAUGGUCAAAUGAUAGACUAAAGUUGGAGGCUUUCUUCACUUUUUCAUGUUCAAGCAGACAUGCGUCCAUUUCGGAUUUGGCUUGGAGCAUUAAAUUGGCUUUUAUUUCCUCGCUAAAAUCGAUUCGUUUAAUCGGAAUUGACUGAUUUGCUCGAACUGGAAUGAUCUCUAGAAUGUUGCUUUUCCCCAACCCGACGCAAUUCAUAUCAACAACGAUGUCUCUUAGAUUUUUACUUUUAAUUUGGCAGCUGAAACCGAGUUUGACGGCAGACAAACGCGCGAGUGGAGCCCACGAUGCGCACAAUCUGCGCAUCCCUUGGACACUAUUUCAUAAUUGUUUUGUUCCCUAUAAAAUGAUGAGAUAAUAAAUUGCAAUGUAUCGUU